GUCUGCCAUGGAUGCAGGUGUGGCUGGGCUUCUGCCAGCCCGAUUACUGCAGACCAAGGCGCUUCUGCUUCCCUCGUCAGCCUCUCAGCUGCCGCUCGCUUUGCGCUGAUAUCCUGCGCAUUUGUGUCCUCUGAUACACUCGCGCGCCCACUUUCGUUCUCCACGGUUCACAAACCCUCAUUGAACCCCACAUUGGAUCGUCCCACGAAUCACAUCACGAGCGCAUACCCAGCACUCAACCCUCCAAACACGGCAACUUACAGCGAUCCAAGACGAUGUGUCUCGUCAAAGUUAAACAAGAAGAGGACGUCGUAGUCCCCUACCGCGUAGUCUCGCGACACAACCACUCGCCGCCUCGUCGCCGCGCCUCUCGUCAAUCAACGCACCGUUACUCGCGCGAAGUCGUGCGCGAAUCGCGCCACGAGUCCCCUCGCCCUUCAGCAUCCUACGUCGCGGUCCCCACCCCGCAGCCAAAACCCCUUGCGAUCCCGCCUCCGCAGCCUGUGCCUGUGUUUGUAGAGCCCCCGCCGGCCCCGAUCCAUAUGCCUGCUCCUCCACCACCGCCGAGCCAUAUCAGUAGUCGGCACAGUCACCAUGGCGCGCCGCAGUAUGUCGAAGUGAGUCCGCGGUCGAGUUACAGCUCGCGCUCCUCGAGUCCCAAUCGGUCAGAGUAUGUGUACAGGGAGCGCGAGGUUAGGCGUGAGAGAGCGUAUAGUCCCGAGCGCGGGCCGCAGUAUGAACACUACCGGUAUGUGGAGCCGGCGAGGAGUGAGAGCAGUUUUGGGGGCGGGAGAGGUUAUGGUGGGCGGGAAAGGUCGAGAAGUCGGGUUAACGUGGACUAUGGGAGGCAGAGGAGUAGGAGUAGGGGGAGCUAUGUUGAUGAGAGGACGAGGGUUACAAUUGUGGAUGAUGAUGGCAGGAGGAGGAGGGAUUACAGGCAGUAGGUGGAAGUCACGAGUUGAGUUCCUUCCACGAUUUUGUUUUUCUGCAUGGCGUAGCGUUUGGUUGUUUUGCUGGUAACGCCAAGUUCUCGCAAGUAAUGUCUAUAGAUGAUUUGAUGCUGUAACGAAGCCAUACCCCCUUACCAUACUUGCGAAUCUUGUGUAGUCCUGUAACACCUUGUUCAAUUGCAGAUGUCCAUAAGCUAACACUGAAGACAUCCUAUGGCUUUGGGAUCUGAGUCUUUGCGUUCGGGUUGCUUUGCGACUCGAGUGCUGUUGACA